CUUCACGCCGGGGACGCAGGUGGGCGCUAAAAGCGACGACUUCGUUACCUCCUGCAUAUUACAAAACAACUGGUACAGUGACACCACUGUACUUAACAGCUCAGUAGAUCUAAGUGAUGGGAAAAAUUCGUCAGUUGUCUUAAGAACAACGCGUUUUCCAACCUGUUUCCCUGUUUCCAACAUUGCAUUCCCAUGACUUUGGCAUCGAGAGUCUACCUUCCUUCCUCCAAGACGUCCAAAUUACCAGUGCUGCAAACUGGUGCUGGUGUCAUAAAGCGCAGAAAUAGUGCCAAAUUUUGUUCAACAGGUUGCCUCUCCCUGUAUCGAUCACAUUCUAAAAAAGAAUUCUCCAACACCCCGCCCCUUCCAUAUACACUAUUUGGGACUCGCUCAUACACUGGAAAUUUUGCGUCUACCUCAGAGAUCCAAUCUACGGUCUUUCGCGGGACAUCUUUCGAGAAUCGGUGCUUGCACCUUCUGGAGGCCCAUUUGGGCAUGGUCCUACGGAGGGUAGGCGGUAAGGAAGAUGGAGGCGUGGACUUAAAUGGCUGGUGGUGGCUUCCACAUGGGGCAAAGGAUACAGACAGUACUCUACAAUUGGCAAGCUCAAACACGAAUGACGAUGUACAAUCAAGCGCUUAUCCAUUCAAACGCAUCCGGAUUAUUGCCCAGUGCAAAGCCGAAAAGAAAAAGAUAGGGCCCAAGUAUGUGAGGGAGUUGGAAGGCGUUGUUUGGAGGUAUAUGGCGUUGGAAAAAGAUCAUGAUUCAGGGAAUAUUUCAAAAGAAUCCACUCCUGUUGUAGCCGUCUUUCUCUCUGAAUCACCUUUCACAAAAUCCACCAUUCUGCGUGCGAUGAGCUCACAGGUGCCAUUCUUAUUGGUGUACGUUCCUCCGUUGGCCGAUAGUACACACAAGUUCGAAGAAACUGAUUCCAGCUCCGCUUCAUCUCCUGGCUCAUGCAUCUACAAUCCAGCCCUUGGAGCCUCCGGAGGACUGUUCAAGGGCGAAAUGGAGAUUCGUUGGUGUUGGUCUUUACCGACUCCCACUCAUUUGCCAUCUCACUCAAAGCCUGCUAUCCACAGAGGAAGCCAUGGUGCUCCGGCAUUGUUUUUUCGAGGAAAGAGACUACGAGGAUGGGUACCUCCGGGUGUACAUGAGCGUCGCGAAGAAGUUGGAAACUCAUUUCAUGAUCCUUGAUAGGAGUCUGCGUCUGCAGCUGUAAAUCCUCCGGAUCGAACGAUGCAUGAAUCUUGGUUGAAGCUUGAGCGCUCGAAUCUUCGGGAUAGGCAAUGGUCCAAGGCUGCGUAGUACCAAGGGCUCGAGGCCUAGAGCAUCCUAUAGAAGUAUGAAUAUCAUAAUCAACACAGUAGUAUGUAGUACUUGGUACUCGCUCAGGAAAGAGAAAAAAUUCCGCUCAACAGAGUGGUGUCAAUCUGAGAAAUCACCAGAUUAUUGUAUGAAGGUCCUCAAAAUGAUUGCACCGAAUAAUGCAUAAUAGUAUAUGGCAUAUAGUAU